AUGGACCUUUUCCCAUAUGAGCUAACUCUCCCUACUAAGGGUGGUGCGCGCGUGGAAAAUCCUUUCAGUGCGCGGAAAAUUCGUGCGGUGACCACCCCAAAGAUGUCGUCUGAUCAUUUAAAAGUUGUGGAAGUCCCAGAAAAUCGUUUCAAAGAUGCAAUCCACCACUUGAAGUGGAAUUUUUUCUCCGAUGAACCGUUGAAUCAUGCGGUAGGUCUUUGUGAAAAAGGAGAAAGUCAGUUCGAGCUGGAAAGACACUGCCUGCUCACAUUAAAGCAGGGAUACUCGAGGAUGCUCGUGGAUCCGAAUGGGACGAUAGCAGGAAUGGCUUUGAAUGGUAUCCUGAAAAAGGGAGAACGCGAAGAGGCUGAACGUCGGCUUGCCGAACUAAACGAUGAAAAGUUCAAAAUAAUUUUUGGGCUUCUCUAUAAGGUUAAUGAGAAAGUCGAUCUAUUUUCAAAGUACAACGUCGAUGAAUUGUUCGAAUGUCGAAUCCUUAGCGUAGACGAGAACUUCCGCGGAAGGGGUUUGGCGAAUAUUUUGAUGGCCGAUAGCGAAGAAACAGCAAGAAAUGCUGGUUUCAAGGUGUUCAAAGCAGACGCGACCGGAAUGUUCUCGCAAAAAGUAUGCUUGAAACGCGGUUUUCAAGUAGAAGCCGAGAUCCCGUAUACGGAUCUCGAUGAAUCAAUCAGACCAACUCCUCCCCAUCAAGCUUUAAAGCUGAUGGUGAAAAUAUUGAAUUAAAGAAAAAAAAAAAAAAAAUCGAAAUUGAAAUUCAACGUUAUUCAAGAAAUCUUCAAGCAGAAAUAUCUUACAAAAGAGCAGUAGAGUAAAACUAUGUGUAUCGUUGUCUGACAAUAACAGCUCUCUAAUGUAUGUUUGUCUCAAAAACGCAUUUACAAAGUAAUUAUAUUUAACAAAAAAGGGUGAACCGUGUUUCUCGUAGAACGUAUUAAAGAUUCGAAACAUCGGUUACUGACCCAUGUCUGUGUUUCGAACGAUGUGUCGUUAGUAAAAAAAAAAUAAGAAAAAUGAAGCGGUAACAAAUAUUUGAGUUGACAAAUGCCAGAAUAAAGAUCCAUUUAACAUUUUGUUUAUUGGACUUUUGUUCUGCAUUCUGCUAAUUCAGAACGAACUCGACGGGUCAACUGCUCUGAUUUAUACAUUAAAAAAUGUUGUACGAAAUAAAAUUUACGUUUUUGUAUAUUGCGAAAAAAAAACCAGCGUGCAUCGCAUUGUCGAUAGUGAUCUAGUAGGAAACGAAAAUGGUGUCAAAUGUUAUAGUUUGACGUUUGUUAACUUUUCUGUACAUUCUAAAGUUUACUGAUGGUAAUAUGAAAGUAUAUCGUAUACGUAUGAGUACACAAUUCCCGAUAUUUUCGAUUGUGUGCGCAUUUUUUUACAGCUAACAUGAAAGCGCAAUAUACGGAUUAUCUCGCAAUCCGUGUGUAAUGAUUCAUUGAAAAGAGUGCUUAGCUCAUGGGUUCAGGAAUUACUGGAUAAUGGGUCCACACGAGUGUAAACUAAAAGUUACAAGAAAUAUUUUUGUUGAUAUCACGUGUUACGAAAAUAUAUUACA